GAUGCCAACAUCGACGACGUCCUGGAGUCCCUGAACGACAGGCAGGACUCCUCAGAGAAAGUGUUCGAGGUGCCUGCCGUUAUCGUGGCCUUCGACGACGCAGAGAACCUUCUCACCCAAAAAGGCGACAGGGUGUUCACCCAGGUGUCCGUGUCCGACUAUUCCGCCACCGCGACGGCCUCGCUGACGCACGACCCCGCGCUCAAGAUCACGAACGCACAGACGCUCGCGAAGUUCACUGAGUUGGCUGCCAAAGGCUGCCUCAGCUGCUCCAGGGCCCACGUUCGGAUCCGCCGUGCGCCCGACAAGGACGGCAAGCCGAAGUUGUUCAUCGUUGUCGCCGAGCCCCGCCUCUUCGAGACCCCCGCCGCGCCCGCGUCGUUCAUCCCUAGCGACGAGCGGGUGGUGCCGACCACGCUGUCCAGCGUCAAACCCGGGCCCGCCGGCAAACUCGCGGUGACCGUCGGCGACCGCCAGAUCCUCGCUGUGGGCGCCCUCGCCCUCGUGCAGGCGACGCAGGAGGCCGAGACGACUCUCCGGUCCGAAUGUUGCUACGCCGUGGAAAACGUGGUGAAGGAUUGCUUGGGAGACGGCGCCAAGGAGUACAAGGGCGCGACGACUGCCUUGCUCCCCCGCCUCAGCCGUUACGCGAUGGCACCGGGCACCACCGCCCUGGUCCACAUCACCAACGUCCAGGUCGGCAGCGACGCCGUCGACGUCGCCGACGUCUGGCCGGUCGCCACCGGGGACGUCCAGGCCUGCAUCGAAGCGUUCCAGAGCGAGGUCUCCGCUUUCACGGGCCUGUUCGAGGCCGCGAGCGAGCCGCCCCCCAAGCGCAUGAGGGCAUCGUUCGACGCCCCAGCCGUCCCGCGCGAGCCGAAUGCGUAGACGCGCUCUCCUCGCCCGGGCACCCCGCCCUCUCGUGCCCCCAUGCGUCGCCGUGGGCGCGGCGGUUGCAUUCGUUUGUCCCAAGCCGGUUCUACGUGG